GCCUUCUGAUGCCACUUUUCUUCUUCCUUCCUACUUCCUUCUUCCUCUGGUGUUUUUGGCACACUCUGGUCAAUAUGGCUCAGGCAGUACAGAAACUCGUUGCAAAAGUACCAGCUGUAGUCGGUGGGGUUUUCACCUACUCCAAACCCCGACUGGCUAAAUUCUGGUACUAUGCCCGGGUGGAGCUCGUCCCCCCGACCCCUGCUGAGAUCCCCAAAGCCAUCGAGCAGGCAUCCGCCAUCCUCAAGAGCUACAAGGCAGGACGCCUGGGACAGACCACUGUAAAGGAUGCCCUAAGGAAUGGACUCGUGGCCACUGAGGUGCUGAUGUGGUUCUACAUUGGAGAGUGCAUUGGCAAAGGAGGCAUUGUUGGAUACGAUGUCUAAAGAGUGAACUGCCCUUUCUCCCAUUGCACUUCUAAUUGUCACAUUCUCAACACAUUGCACAAAAUGUUCAAAUAAACAAUGUCUAAAGUCAGAUA